AUGCUUGAGGCUAGGCUUGCAGUAGUGGAACAGAGUUCUGUAGUAGUGGAUGGACAACCACAGAAUGACUCACGGAGUGAGGUUGCUAAUGCAUCUAAGGAAGCGAUACCAGAGGUAGUGUCUGCUGUUAUCGUACCCGAUUCUCAAGUAGUUCGGCUCGAACAUUAUAAGCCUGAUUGUAAAAUAAAUGAUGCGCAAGGUUUAAUACAAGAAAUAUCGUCAUCUAUCAAAGAUCCAAAUUGUGAUAAUUCCGAAAUUUCAGCGAACAAUGUUCGUCCAAAUUGUGAUAAUUCUGAAAUAACUCGAGACUUUGAGACCCAGGAUAUUAUCUGUCUAUAUCAAAAUGCAUGUGUUGCGGAAAAAGAUGCAAUCGAAGCUAAUCAAAAUGAAAUAUCAUGUUGGUGUUUGUAUGCUAAAAGGUUCAAAGGCAUGGUUAAAGAUUUUAUGAUCAAUGAUGAAAUUGGGGAGAAAAAAGCAAAGGGUCGAGUAUACGAUUUUAUUAUCAAGCAACUCCCUGCCACCAAGCGUGGAAAUUUGUUAUUACCAGAAAUCGAGAUAUUAGAAGACACAAAAGCCAAUGAUAGUAAACCACAAUCUUUAAUUACUGCUUUAUCCGACGAUGAGCCAGAAAAUUUCUCCGAUGACGAUGAUUCCUUCAAUAACAACGAAGAUGAUGGGGGGGGUUCUGUG